CGCCGCGCCGCACCGCGCCGCCUUGGGGCUCUUAGCGCCAAAUUCAAACGUGCCGCCAUUUUGGGGCAGGCGGCUGGCGGGGCGGUGAGGGCCGGCGCGCGGCAGGGCCGGCGCGGACUAUGGCUCCCGGUACAAAAGGAGAUUUGCGUGACUCUACGUUACCUUUGUUGAACUCACCUAGUGUUGAAGGUGAUGCUAUCAAAGUUUAUGUAAGGGUACGUCCCCCUUCAGAGGGAACUGCAUUAGCUGAUGGAGAUCAAGGUUUGUGUCUAUCUGUUCUCUCAACAAACACCAUUCGUCUACAUUCGAAGCCUGAACCAAAGAUCUUCACUUUCGAUUAUGUUGCAAAUAUGGAAACAACACAGGAGUCAGUGUUUUCAGGUGUGGCCAAAAGCAUCGUUGAAUCUUGUAUGAAUGGCUACAAUGGAACCAUCUUUGCAUAUGGCCAGACUGGCUCAGGAAAAACUUUUACUAUGAUGGGACCAGCUGAUUCUGAUAAUUUCACUCACAGUCUGAGGGGUGUAAUUCCACGGAGCUUUGAAUACUUAUUUUUUCUAAUCGAACGUGAAAAAGAAAAGGCUGGCGGUGGAAAGAGUUUUCUCUGCAAAUGCUCAUUUAUUGAAAUCUACAAUGAGCAGAUAUUUGACUUGCUAGAUUCUGCUUCAGCUGGACUCUUUCUCAGAGAACACAUCAAGAAAGGAGUCUUUGUUGAUGGUGCUGUUGAACAGGUGUUGUCAUCUGCUGCUGAAGCGUACCAGGUAUUAACUACAGGCUGGAGAAAUCGUCGUGUAGCAUCUACCUCAAUGAAUAGAGAAUCCUCAAGAUCACAUGCAGUUUUCACUAUCACAGUGGAAUCAAUGGAAAAAAACAAUGAGAUUGUUAACAUUCGAUCUUCCUUGCUUAACCUGGUAGACUUGGCAGGAUCUGAGAGACAAAAAGACACCCAUACAGAAGGAUUGAGAUUGAAGGAAGCGGGUAACAUAAAUCGAUCAUUAAGUUGCCUGGGCCAAGUAAUCACAGCACUUGUUGAUGUGGGUAAUGGAAAACAGAGACACAUUUGUUACCGGGAUUCCAAGCUCACUUUUCUGCUACGGGAUUCCCUUGGUGGUAAUGCAAAAACCUAUAUCAUUGCAAAUGUUCAUCCUGGAUCCAGGUGUUUUGGUGAAACACUGUCCACUCUUAAUUUUGCUCAGCGAGCGAAGUUGAUUAAAAACAAGGCUGUGGUAAAUGAAGACACACAAGGAAAUGUGAGCCAGCUGCAAGCUGAGGUCAAGAAGUUGAAAGAGCAGCUUGCUCAACUUACUUCAGUGCCAUUGAUUCAUGAUAUUUCUGUAUCUCAAGGUGCUGUUGAAAAAGGGAAGAAAAACCUAAAUUACAUGAACAACUUCCUUGAAGCAAUGUUGUUCUGGGAGAAAUCUGAAGGUGAAAAGAAGACUUUAUUAGAAAAAGUUUCUCAACUAGAAGAUCUCUGUGCCAAGAAGGAGAAAUUUAUUCAGUCCAGUAAAAUGAUAGUUAAAUUCCGAGAAGACCAUAUUGUUCGUUUGGAGAGAUUACAUAAAGAAGCUGGUGGAAGUUUAUUGCCAAAAGAGCAAGAUGAUUUCCACAAUGAAUUGAGGGAGGAAUUGAAGACACUCAGAGAACAGAUGGAACAACACCCACGAAUUGCUAAGUAUGCCAUGGAGAACCAUAACCUCAGAGAGGAGAAUAAAAGGCUUCGUUCUUUACAAUCGGUGAAAAGGGCCCAAGAAAUUGAUGCUCAGACAAUUGCAGAGCUAGAAAAAGCGUUUUUGGAAGCUUCAGCCACAGAGAAAAAUACUGGAGCUCAUCACUUACAUUCCACCACCAUAUCAGUAGAGGGCAACUCUGUGGCAUCUGUUGAAAGGCUGAAAGCGCGCCUGCUGCAUACUCAAAGCGAACUGGCAAGUUCAAAACAAGAAUAUGAAGAAUUUAAAGAGCUAACCAAGAAAAAGAAUAUGGAACUGGAAUCAGAGCUUCAAUCCCUUCGGAAAGCAAACCAACAUCUUGAAAACAUUCUGGAGGCAACCAAAGCACACAAGCGCCGAGAAGUCUCUCAAUUACAUAAGCUACAUAGAGAAACUCUUAAGAACAUAACCACACCAACAAAAGCCUACCAGCUAAGGUCUCGCCUAGUACCUCGAAUAAGCCCAGAAAUCUUAGAUUAUCAUUCUGAAGAUUUUCAGUGUUCUGGAGAGAUGAUGGAUGACAUUUUUAAAGAGCCAGUUCCCCCAGAGAUGAACGAACAAGCAUAUGAGGCCAUUGCGGAGGAACUCAAAGUGGCGCAGGAACAACUGAGCACAAUGCAGACAAAGCUAGAUGAAGAAGAAAGCAAGAAUAUGAAACUUCAGCAGCAUAUUAAUAAGCUAGAGCAUCAUUCUGCACAAAUACAGGAGCUUUUUUCAUCAGAAAGAAAUGACUGGACUAAAGAGCGCCAGGAGCUCCUUGAGCAAAUAAAGUUGCUUGAAAAGCAAUUUCAAGACACUCAAAGCAAGACUGAUAUAUUAACAAGCGAAGUCCAUGACUUGCGCAUUGUCCUGCAGUCUGCAGAUAAGGAGCUGUCUGCUGUAAAACUGGAGUAUAGCACCUUUAGGGAAAAGCAAGAGAAGGAAAUGAGUCAGCUUUCUGGUAGACAUAUGGAUGUACAGUUCCAGCUGGAUAGCGUCAGGCUAGAACAUGAAAAGAUUCUUGAAGAAAAAGCAAGCCUGCAGGAUGACUAUGACAAUUUGCAGGAAGUAAUGAAGUUUGAGACAGAUCAACUGAAGCAACAGCUCACGGACAGAAAGCAAGAAGCUGAAGCAAUGAAAACUGAGCUUUGUAACCUCUUGAAACUCCUGGAAACAGAAAAAGAACAUAAUCAAAAACUAACAUUACAACUACAAGAAGACAAAGAAAACAAUUCAAAGGAGCUCUUGAAGGUACUUGAAAAAGUGCAGGUGGAGAAACCAUCCUCUGAAGUAGUGACACGAUGUGAGCAGCAGGAAGCAAAGCUGCAAAAAUUGGAACAGAAGCUGGCUGCUGCUGAAGAGAUUAUUGCUUCUUUGAAGAAGACAAAUGAUGCAGAUAAGGAAGUUGUAACUGACUUGAUGAGACAGAUCCAGGAGCUGAGAUCUUCAAUUAAUCAUAAAACUGAGUCCAUAGAUGGGCUGACAAGAGAGCUGGAGGACAUAAAUUGCAAGUAUAAUUUUGUUUUGGCUGCAAAAGAAGAAAGCAAAGGAAUCAUAGAGGAUCAUGAAAAGAAGAUUGAAGAAUUGAUGGAAGUCUUGGAGAGAAAACAAAUAGCAGAUAACAUUGAGAGAGACCUUCUGUGUGAAGAUUUGCAUCAUACCACUGAGCAGCUGACAAGGCUGACAGAGGCCUCUAAGAAACAUGAUGCAUUGCUUCAGUGUGCACAGGAAGACAUAACAAAGAAAGAAAUUCUAAUCCAGGAACUGAGGGAACAGUUGGAUAAAAAGACAGAAGAACUGGAGAAGAGGAAGAAUGAAUAUGAAUUAAAAAUGAAGCAAAUAGAUUGCUUUGUGGACUCCUCUUCAGUAACAUUUCCUCAGUGUCCAAAAACUCCCCCUAAUUUUGAUGAGAAUCUGGCAAAAAUCUUGGAAACUCAUGAGCAAGAAAUAGCUGAUCGCAGGGCUUCUGCAAUUACUCUAGAGCAUCUUGUACGUGAACUAAGUGAAGAACGAAGAGCUAAAAAUGAUGAAAUUCUAAGACUUAAGGAACAGUUAAAUGAAUUGGCGAGCUUGCAUCUGGAAAUGCAGAUAUUAACAGAGAACAACAGGAAUUUACAGAGCCAGCUUGUAGAAGCUCAGAGACAAAGCAAAAUCAGUGAUCAGAAAUAUCCGGAUGUUCAACACCUCAAAGAGAAGGAGAUUGCUGAAGAGCGACUGGCCAAGAAUAAAGCAAUGGAGGAGAUGCUGAAAAUCAAAACAGAGUUAGAAGAGAUCAAAAAUAUUCUCAAAAUCAAAGAGAAUAUCUGUCUUGAAAUGACUCUGGAGAUAGAACGAACAAGAGCUUUGGAACUGAAAGCAUUUCAUGAAAAAGAAGAAAUUAGAUCAAAACUAGAGGAAGCAUAUGAAGAGAGAGACAGAACUGGAAAGGAAAGAGACUUCCUGAGGAAACAAGUGGAAUCUCUUACUGAGGAGAAUGAGAAAUUGCUAGGUCAUCAAAAUCUAAACCAGAAGAUUCAGUAUCUUGUGAAACUGAAGAAAGAUUAUGCUAAACUUACUGAGGAGACUGAAAAACUACGUGUUGAAAAUGCUUUUUUGAAAGAAGCUAAAAAAUGGGAUGUACGUAGAAGUCAUGAUCAGCUACAAUGACACAAAUAAAACUGCAAAACCACGUUUUUAAAGUACAUAGAAUAAGAACAAGCCAGUUGUCAGACUUGGUUUUUGCUGUUAGUCCCAGCAUGUUGUCAGCUAUACUCACAAUAAUUAAGUAUUUUAGUUGUUCGAUGUUUUGCUUGUAGUAACUUUUAGUGAAGAAUUCUACUCCAGAUAAGUGGGCAGCUUUCAUUGAUACUGUAACAACUUCUAAUUGAAGGAGCUCUAUAAUUUUUACACAAACCUGAUUUUGUACAGGUGCUGGAAGAGACUUCCUUGAAAAUUUUUGUGCCUUGUCAAGGAAAAGCUUUCUUACAGGAACAUCUCUGGAUUCUUGUUUCUUUUCAUGCCUGAAUUCAGGUUCAUGUCUGUUCUGAAACGCUACUUUUUUUUUCCACCAUAGCUGAAUUUAUAAAAGCACAAUUUCUUUGUGAUUUUUUUAGCAAAAUUUACAAUGUUUGUACUGGGUUAAAAUUAACUUGUCAAACUUAUGAACUCAUUAAUACUCAUGGGUUGCUUAAAAAUAAUUUUCAUAUUGAUGUUUGUUCAGUAAAGUAGAAAGGUUGUUUUAAUAGAUUUGUAAAUAGUACUAUAAAUAUCUUGUUGCAUUGUAUUUCUUUCUUAGUCUAGUUGAAAUUAAAAUGCUUUGCAAAAUUGUUUUUCCCCUUACUGUAAAUUUACAGCAGACUUCUGUAAUAACAUUGUAGAAGAUAAGUUUAUAAGCAUUUUGUAACCAUUUCUUAGCAAACAAAAGAUCUUAUUUCUUAACAGUUCUGAAGAUUUUUAAGGGUGCAGUACAAUCUCAUUAAGUCGCACUGAAGAUAGAGAGGUUUAUUGCAAGUAACUGGAACUUUUAUUAGCAGAACACAGAACAUUAUAUAGCAAUAUCAAACACUUGUAGCUGGAUUUUAGGUUUUGGGGUUUUUUUAAUACAGUCAGUAAUCCCAUCAUUCUAUUUUUGAUUACUUAGUACAAUACUACUAAAUGAUGUGGCAAAAGGAAACAAAGAUGUGUGUCAGUUAAAGGGCAAGAUACCUAGUGAAUUUGUUCUGUACUUAACUGUUGAGAACCAAAUUUUUCUCCCAAUUUAUCUGUGCAUUUUUAAAGUCACAUAAUGCUGCAGACUUCUUUCUACUUGAACUUUGGUCUGAAGCACCAAAGUUUAAAACUGAGCUUAAAUUGAAGAGUUUGAACAUCAGAAGCUGGAAGAAGCUAGAGGGCUAGGGCAGAAAGCAGGGAGCAGGAGAUCAUCUUGGACCACACACCCCUCGUUGUGUCCUCUAGAAGCCUACAGACAAAAAUAUUUGUAUUAUUUAUUUUUUACUGUCAUCCCCCUAGGGUUGCAAACCUGCCUUUGGGAGGUCUCUAACCUGUCCUUGCUUGCUCAUGAACCUGCCUGUGUCCAGCGUUGCACUGUUACCUGUUUUGAUACUGCAUACUCUUUUUUUUCUCUAAUAAAGUCUUUGUAUAUAAAGAAA